AAAAAAUCAUCUGAUGCCAAGAUGCUUUUAACUCCAAACCUAAUGGGCAAGACCCAGGGGUCCUCCUGGCAAAACCCAGCACAUUUUCAGAAUCCCGGUGACAGUAUCUUCUGUGUUCCCUUUAAUAGGGUAUAUUAGUUAGGGUUAGUUUUCUCUUAUAGGAAAGUUGAGAACCAGGCAGACUACAUGGCCAAGGAUUAGAAAUUGCCAUGUUAUUUGGGUGUGAAAUGUGUUUAGGGGUUUCUGUGCUAAAGUGGAUGGCAUCAGAGAGCCUGAGGGUAUUAAGGGGAAAGCAUUGGUCUUAGUCACACCACACCUCUCAUUUUGCACGAGGCCCACUGAGAGAAAUAGAGCUGUUCCAGCUACUCAGUAAUAAAGGUAGAACCCCAGUUCCCAGACUCUCUCCUGCUCCAUCCGUAGUUCCUGAUGGAGUCAGCUUGCAGCAUUUAUAGUAGGCAUUUAUUUAAAAAGUGCAUUUUUACAGAUGAGUUCUUUGGGGCUUUGUUGUCCUUAAAGCCCUCCAUAGGGCUUUCUGACUGUCACCCCAGGGUUUUACUCUGUCCAGUGAGGAACAGGACUAUGUGGGCUAAGCUGUGGGAGCUUGGCCUUUUCUUGCUCCACCCAUUUGGCUCUCAUCACUGUGGGUGGUGUGACCCAGGACUUGUUUUGUUAUCUUGGAGACAGAAGGGGCCAGCUAUGUGGGUGGAAGGGCGUCCUUUCCUGUCCUGCAGAUUGGCCCUCAUGGCACAUGGCAUCACAUGAGGUUCCACAAAAACCCGGAUCUUACUCUCACUCCUGAUUUGAACCUGAACAUCCUGGACUGUCCUUCCGAAUGCUGGGAUUCUUCAGAUUGUGUGACUUGAGGAUGUGUUCUGGGCUUGGGCUGUCAGUGCUCUGGAGCCAUGGGUGCCAGGCAGUGCAGAGAUUUGUAGGACAUGGCUGCAGCUCUGCAAUUUCUGCCCCGUGUGGCCCGAGCCCCCUUGCGUUCACUCCUCUGGGGGGGCCCAGUGGCCCGCUUGGCCAGUGGCAUGGCCUUGGCAGAGCAGGCACAGCAGCUGUUCAAGAGUGCUGUAGGUGCCGUGUUGCCGGGUCCCAUGCUGCACCGGACACUGUCCUUGGACCCUGGGAGCAAGCAACUGAAAAUACGGGACCGGAGCUUUCAGCUACAACAAAACCUCUACCUGGUGGGCUUUGGCAAGGCUGUGCUGGGCAUGGCAACUGCAGCUGAGGAGCUACUAGGCCAGCAUCUUGUGCAGGGUGUGAUCAGCGUUCCUAAGGGGAUCCGUGCUGCCAUGGAGCGUGCCGGCAAACAGGAGAUGCUGCUGAAGCCACAUAGCCGGGUCCAGGUAUUUGAGGGUGCAGAGGACAACCUGCCAGACCGUGAUUCACUUCGUGCUGCAUUGGCCAUCCAGCAGCUGGCUGAGGGGCUCACAGCCGAUGACCUGCUGCUUGUGCUCAUCUCAGGUGGGGGCUCAGCCCUGCUACCUGCUCCCAUCCCACCUGUCACACUGGAGGAAAAACAGACACUCACCAAGCUGCUGGCAGCCCGUGGAGCCACCAUUCAGGAGCUGAAUACCAUUCGGAAGGCCCUGUCCCAGCUCAAGGGUGGGGGACUGGCUCAGGCUGCCUACCCUGCCCAGGUAGUAAGUCUGAUCCUGUCAGAUGUGGUGGGGGAUCCUGUGGAGGUGAUCGCCAGCGGUCCCACUGUGGCCAGUGCCCACAACGUACAAGAUUGCUUGCACAUCCUCAAUCACUAUGGCCUUCGUGCUGCCCUGCCACGUUCUGUGAAGACUGUGCUGGCUCGGGCUGACUCUGACCCCUAUGGGCCACACACUUGUGGUCACGUCCUCAAUGUGAUCAUCGGCUCCAAUGCACUGGCACUGGCUGAGGCCCAGCGGCAAGCUGAGGUGCUUGGCUACCGGGCUUUGGUGCUGAGUGCAGCCAUGGAGGGUGAUGUGAAAAGUGUGGCCCAGUUCUAUGGGCUGCUGGCCCAAGUGGCUGGAACCCGCCUCACCUCAUCCAUAGCUGGGGCUUCUGUGGAGGAGCAUGCAAAACUCCAGGAGCUGGCAGCUGAGCUCCAGAUCCCAGACCUGCAGCUGGAGGAAGCUCUGGAAGCUGUGGCAGAGGCUAGAGGCCCAGUUUGCCUGCUAGCUGGUGGUGAGCCCACAGUGCAGCUGCAGGGCUCAGGGAAGGGUGGCCGGAACCAGGAACUGGCCAUGUGUGUUGGAGCAGAGCUGGGAAGAUGGCCCCUGGGGCAUGUUGAGGUGCUGUUUUUGAGCGGUGGCACUGAUGGGCAGGAUGGUCCCACAGAGGCUGCUGGGGCCUGGGUUAUGCCUGAGCUUGCCAGCCAGGCUGCUGCUGAGGGAUUGGACAUGGCCACUUUCUUAGCCCACAAUGACUCACACAGCUUCUUCUGCCGCCUCCAGGGUGGGACACACCUGCUGCACACAGGGCUGACAGGUACCAAUGUCAUGGAUGUCCACCUCUUGUUCCUGCGGCCUCGUUGAUGGCAUAGGGGGAGUCCAGAGGAGGUGUACAAGGGCUAAGUCCUAGGGCAGACAGGGUUUGUCCCUCACAGGGCCUUAGGGCCCCUCCCUCUGCUCAUCCCUGUUUGCUUAGUCGGCCCUCACACCUUCCACUCAGGACCUCUCUGCUUCGUGUCCAUUCCCCACAACUAGACUGGCAGAUGGGGAUGCCUCUAUCCCUAUGCCCUGGCAGCAGGUACCCCUGAAGACCAGGACAAGACCCUUGACCAGUUUACUUUUCUCCCCUGGGAAACUCCUCUAUUGAGCCCCUCAGCCUGUUUCCACCCCUACCCCCAUGGAGUAAAGCAAAAGUGACUGAAAAUAAAAAGAACCACAUUAUGUUCUCA